CUUGUACUACCGCUCGCAAAGCCAUGCCUUUCAGGCUUGGGCUACCCGACCUUAGCUGCCUGCAUCUCAAUCUCAUCUGUCUUCACACAGUUAAUGCGUCGAGCCCGGCAAGGAUGCGAACACUCCGUCCAGCCUGAGGAUAUUUCUCUCCGUCUUGGACCACGGCUCCAGCGAGCAUGGCACCUAAUAGUCCUGAUGUCAGCUCAUUGGCGCGCAAUUCUUGUUUUCAAAGCCCUACUCAGCCUCUCCUGGUUAUUGAUCGUCCAAGCAACCAUUUCUGUAACAUCUCGUUUUUGGCCUUUCUUUUCCUUCGCCCAUCUGUUCCAUGCCCGCAGGCUGUCGUCACGUUCCCUGGGUGAUACAGAAUCGGAGUGUCCUACAGAAUCUCACUAUCCGCACCACCGGGCCACCCACCCAGAAAGCCGUCAGGAUCAGCUCUGCCGCCCUUGGUUAAAAAGCAGGGCGGGGCGCGGACGCCAAAGUAUUGGUUGCUGUGACUGGUUAGCGGCCGUUCGCCUACCAGCAUCGAGCGGGCGAGACAUGAGGGAAAGCGAAGGCGAGGCUGGGUCUAGACGACGCGCUACAGGAACCGUCUUCCAGUUCCAGAUGGGCCGUCGUUUCUCGCCCAUGCGGCAACGGAGACAAAACGGAGCCAGUGGCUUCUUCUAGCUCCUCUCCAUAUCCCUAGCCGUGACGGCUUCAAGGCCUAGGCUAGUUGGAUGUCAAUCCACUAUGAUGUUUUUUUGUCGGAAAACACUCGCAUCGUCGACAACCAUCGCCCAGGAAUCCCAUAACUCCGUUUCGUUG